AUGGAGGUCACUGGUACCAACUUGGGCGUCCACGAUCCCGAUAACGUGAUCCUCUAUCCCGCGCCAAAUUUCAUUUCUCCCCCUGAACGAGUGCGAGAGCACGUGGGAGAAGUUCGAACACCCCCUUCGAGUCGAAUUUAUCGUCCUGAGGAGACGGUGAUACCUAUCAAUCGGUACGUCUCAGGAUAUUCCAGCGAGUAUCAGCACAAGAUGUCUCGAGGCGGAUUUCCUCAGGAUCCGCAAGCCUCCACCGAGAACUACGUCUCCAGCACUGGAGGAGCUACAUCACCAAGGAAUUUUUCUUUUUCGAACGGUGCCACUGAUUCCUACACAUCCUCCACCCGUUUCAACCAUCCAGCAUCUCCUACCACCAACACGUCGAUGCCUCGAAGCUCCAUUCGUGAGACUUCAAUACAUGUGCAGGGCGGCGAAGACGAUCAGAUGGAGUGGUCACGAAGGGAGGAAAGUGUACGGGAAACGGGCUCGAGUCAUCAUCAUUCACAGCUCUCCAGUCACCUCUCAGACCACCAUCAACAUCGUCUCCUCAGUUCUCCACUGUCCCAAAUCAAUGGCUACUCGCCACUGCCCCCACCGGUUCCAGCACCGACCAGUCCAGGUUCGCAGAGCGUAAAAAUUACGCGGAAACCCAUUCGAGUGCAGCGAAAUGGCGAUCAGGAGGUAAUCACCACGGAGGAAGUAAAAAAAGAGGAUGACAACAGUGAAACCAUCAUUCAUCGACGCACCAUCAGGCGAAAACGUCUUCCAUCGUCUCGUUUGAUUGCCCGCGAGAACGACAUUUCGGAGGAUUGUGAGUGUGGCUCCAUUUUCUUUGUUCUCUCAUCCAUCUGUGAAAUGCCCUCUCAGAUGCAUUCACUUUCUACUAACUUCAGUUCAACGCACGUCGUCUAUCAGUAG